UUUCUUAUCUGAGAUGGUUGUGAUGUUUAAGGAGGUUCUCACACUUUGUUUUCAGACAUAACACAGGAAAUUAACACUUCAUUUUUUUAAGCUUCUUCACAGCACGGAGAAUUACAAACCUGACUUUCGAUAUUGGACGGUACAGACCGUGUGAAAGCAGUUUCAUAACUAAACUUUUCAUCUGAGAGCAAGAUGGAACAUCGUUUUUUCUCCAAAUGUGAGAGGUUUCAAAUAGCCCUGCUGCCCACAAUGUAUGGGAUUGAGUUCCUCGUGGCCCUGGCUGGAAACUUGUUUGCUCUGUGGCUGCUGGUGGUCAGAGAGAGAAGGAACUGGCACACUGGGGUCGUCCUGUCGUGUAACCUGGCCAUCAGUGAUCUGCUGUACGUCCUGACGCUUCCUUUGCUGAUUGUCUACUACUCACUGGAGAAACACUGGGUGUUUGGUGAUGCUAUGUGUAACAUCGAGAGGUUUCUUUUCACCUGCAACCUGUAUGUGAGCAUCUUCUUCAUCAUGGCGAUAAGUGUGAACAGAUGUGUCGCCCUUGCAUGUCCCUUCUUCACCCGAUCCCACGUACGGCCUGCCCACGCCAAGGCUGUCAGUGUCAUUAUCUGGGUCAUUGUAGGAGUUAUUUCCUGCCCUGUGAUGAAAUUUGCCUCAGCUUGCCCUGAUGAAAAAAGUAACAAGACUCUGUGUGUGUCAUUCUGUCAGCCUCAUGUGGAUGAGAGUCAGCACUUCACUUACAAAGUUUUUCUUGCUGUUUUUGGGUGUCUUGUUCCUUUCUUAGUCACUUUCACUUCUUACUGUGUGGUGAUUUCGGUGGUGUGGAAAAAUGUCAGUAUAACCACCAUAGAGAAACGCAAGGUGGCCCUGUUGGUCUCAUCAGUGCUGGUGCUGUAUGCCGUUUCCUUUGUGCCUUACCACGUCUUCCAGCUCUAUUACUAUUAUCAGAGACUUCAUUAUAACCCCAACAACAACAACAACAAAAACAACAACAAUUGCCUGGUCUACGACAUGUACCAGGUGUCCAAGGGACUGGCAACUCUGAACAUGUGUAUCCAUCCAAUCCUGUACAUGGCUUUGUUUGACAGUAUAAGAGUAGCUUGUUGUGGGAGGAGCUCGGAGGACAAAAACAGGGUCACGAUGAGGAAGUGUUGAGUAGCUGCUUGACAGCUUUCCUGUGAAGAUCAUCGUUAUUUCAUGCUGUGAAAUUUUACCUAAUAUUAAUUUUUACACCAUUUUUUUGUUCAUUUGUUUGUUUGUUUACAUCUGAAAUGUACUCAUCUACUUACUUUGAAACAUGAGCAUCUGGAAUAAAGAAAAGUUUUUGAUA